AUGGAGUCUGAAGAAAAAGACGAACAACCUGAGGAGUAUACAGAUACACAACUCGAUAGAGCAUGUACGAAUUAUGAGGAAGAACAACAACAACAAAUCAGUCAUAUGGAGUCUGAAGAAAUAGUCGAGCAACCUGAGGAGUAUACAGAUACACAACUCGAUAGAGCAUGUACGAAUUAUGAGGAAGAACAACAACAACAAAUCAGUCAUAUGGAGUCUGAAGAAAUAGUCGAGCAACCUGAGGAGUAUACAGAUACACAGCUUGAUAGAGCAUGUACGAAUUAUGCGGAAGAACAACAACAAAUCAGACAUAUGGAGUCUGAAGAAAUAGUCGAGCAACCUGAGGAGUAUACAGAUACACAGCUCGAUAGAGCAUGUACGAAUUAUGAGGAAGAACAACAACAAAUCAGACAUAUGGAGUCUGAAGAAAUAGUCGAGCAACCUGAGGAGUAUACAGAUACACAACUCGAUAGAGCAUGUACGAAUUAUGAGGAAGAACAACAACAAAUCAGACAUAUGGAGUCUGAAGAAAUAGUCGAGCAACCUGAGGAGUAUACAGAUACACAACUCGAUAGAGCAUGUACGAAUUAUGAGGAAGAACAACAACAAAUCAGUUAUAUGGAGCCUGAAUUAACAGAGGGGCAAAAUUUGAGGGAAUUAAGCCCAAGUGAUCCAUAUUUUAAUUCUCUAACAGAGGAAAAUGAGAGACCCGAGCAACCGAUAAUAACGUCAAAUAUUACAAUACCAAGACCAUCCGAACCUUUGGAGCCUGAAUUAGUGGACGAAUUCGACAACUAUUUACAAAAUAAUAUAACCCAAAUUAGACAAAUUUGGGAAAAAGAUUAG